UGGGAGUACGCCGCCAGAGCCCCUGAGAGCUGGCCGGACUCUGUAGCCUUCGUCCUCCCGACACAAGCGGAUCAUCGAGGGGACCUUGCGCGGAGUCAAAAGGACUGGAAAUUAUUUAGCCCUCUCACAUCAACGUACCGCAUGGUGGGAAUUUCUGCCUCUUUUCAGUAUCGCACUGGGAAGCACUCCACCAUGCCCGACUCACCUGCGGACGUCAAGACACAGUCCAGGUUGACCCCCCCUACCAUGCCGCCCCCACCCAGCACGCAAGGAGCACCCCGCAACAGCUCCUACACCCCCACCACAUUAACCAACGGCAGCAGCCACUCUCCUACGGCGCUCAACGGCGCUCCAUCUCCUCCGAACGGCUACAGCAACGGCCCUAGCUCCUCCUCCUCCUCUUCGCUGGCCAACCAGCAGCUGCCGCCGGCCUGCGGCGCGCGGCAGCUCAGCAAGCUCAAGCGCUUCCUCACGACUCUGCAGCAGUUUGGCAACGACAUCUCACCUGAAAUCGGCGAGCGGGUCCGCACAUUAGUGCUAGGACUAGUGAAUUCCACGCUAACCAUCGAAGAAUUUCACUCCAAGCUCCAAGAAGCCACCAACUUCCCUCUGCGACCUUUCGUCAUUCCCUUUCUGAAGGCCAACCUGCCGCUUCUUCAGAGGGAGCUGCUGCACUGUGCCAGGCUGGCCAAGCAGAACCCGGCUCAGUACCUGGCCCAGCAUGAGCAGCUGCUCCUGGACACCAGCACCACCUCGCCGGUGGACUCCUCCGAACUCCUGCUGGACGUCAACGAGAACGGCAAGAGAAGGACGCCAGACAGAACCAAAGAGAAUGGCUUCGAGCGAGAUGGUGCCCUGCAUCCAGAUGUUCACCCUAGCAAGCGGCCCUGCACCAUAAGCCCCGCCCAGCGCUUCAGCCCAUCCAAUGGGAUCUCCUACCAACCCAACGGCCUGCCCCACCCGGGCCCGCUCCCUCCGCAGCACUACAGGCUGGAUGACAUGGCCAUCGCCCAUCACUACCGCGACACCUACAGACACCCCGCCUCCAACCACCGGGAGAUCCGGGAGAGAGCCAGGCCUAUUGGUAUGCAUACAGGGACCCGGCAGGAGGAAGUGAUUGACCACAGGCUGACAGACAGAGAGUGGGCUGAGGAGUGGAAGCACCUUGACCAUCUGCUGAACUGUAUCAUGGACAUGGUGGAGAAGACAAGGCGCUCCCUGACAGUACUGCGGCGGUGCCAGGAGGCCGACCGCGAGGAGCUCAACUACUGGAUCCGGCGAUACAGCGACGCCGAAGAGCUGAAGAAGGGCGCUGCCAGUGGGCAGUCGAGGCAGCAGAGCCCGGCGGCACAGGAAAAUGCAACAUCAGAAAUUCACAGGGAGCUGCUGCACCGGCCUGUGUCUGGAUACGUUCCUGAAGAGAUCUGGAAGAAAGCUGAAGAGGCGGUGAAUGAGGUGAAGCGACAGGCCAUGUCAGAGCUGCAGAAGGCCGUGUCAGAGGCCGAGCGCAAGGCUCACGAGAUGAUCAGCAGCGAGCGGGCCAAGAUGGAGCGCACGGUAGCCGAGGCCAAGCGGCAGGCGGCCGAGGAUGCUCUCUCCAUAAUCAACCAGCAGGAGGACUCCAGUGAGAGCUGCUGGAACUGCGGCCGCAAAGCCAGUGAGACGUGCAGCGGCUGCAACACGGCGCGCUACUGCGGCUCCUUCUGCCAGCAUAAGGACUGGGAGAAGCACCAUCAUGUCUGCGGUCAGACCCUCCAGGCCCAGCAGCAGCAGGCCAGCCAGCAGCAGGGUAGCGUCCCAGGGUCAGAGACCCCUGCUCCCAUCAGCUCCUCCGCCUGCACCCCGAGCAGCGGAACUGGGAGUCCGGCUGCUACCCCGCCUGCUGCUACCCCUCGCUCCUCCACCCCCAGCACCCCGUCCUCCUCCGCCCUGGAUGGCACACCGCGCUAAGAGACUGAUACAGAGGACGGAGGCAAAAGCCUCCGGGGUGAAACAGCUGGCCCUCAACCACACAACAGCAUGACUGUCUACAUUGCCUUGCAAAGAUGCUAAGCUAACGUGGCUAACAGAAAGAGAUGGCAAUGCUUGUGUCUAUCUUGCAGCAUAGUCAUAGAAGGAGGAGGAGGAGGUCCAUAAUCAGGUCAUAUUGACUUGCCAUGACUUUAAGGAAACGCAAAGAUAUUCUUUGUUUUGAAUGAAUGAAUUUAAAUAUUGACAUCCUUUUAUCGUUACACUUGCUAUUCUCGUUGUCCGUUUGUCGUCGUGCCUGUUGUUGUUAACGUUGUUGUCAUUGUAGCUUAUCUUAUUUUUU